AUGUACCAGCUGAACGCUGUGCCCGGGCGCACCUUCGCCGCACUGCGGCUUGACCGUCAGGACCUUGACGAGGAGGAAGAUUAUGCGUCGAGCAGCGAGCUUGAUUCCAGUGUAAGUGGCUUGAGUGGCCCUGCAUCGUUCAGCAGCCAUGUGCUGGUGACUGUGUUUGGUGCCUUCACCCCGCCGCAGCGUUUGAUUGUGUUGAGACCGUACUGCGAGCGCUGGAGUGUUCGUCUGCCGCCGAGGGCCUCCUCUGUGUCUGAUGACGAAUACUGCCGUCUGCUGCUACUGCGUCUCUCGCUGAAAAUUGAGAAGGUGAUGCAGCGUAUUGGAUUGACUCAUGAGAGUCAUUCGUUUACGUCGUCAAAUUGUACAGGGAGUCUGCCUUCUCUUUUGCAUCGGCUAUCCUCCUCUGGGGAAGAUCAGGGAGGAGCCUUGUUUGGCCACGGCUUUGGGAUAAGUCCGGAAUUGGGUUCCGUUGAGGGCGCUGGGGACUGA